GAAACUAGUCUGUCUGUGUCAGUGUGAGCAGUGAAAUGGCUGAAGGUGGAGAUUUACUGGAUCAGGACCAUUUGAGCUGUUCGAUCUGUCUGGAUCUACUGAAGGAUCCGGUGACUACUUCCUGUGGACACAGUUACUGUAUGGACUGUAUUAAGGGCUGCUGGGAUCAUGAUGAUCAUACUGGUGUCUACAGCUGUCCCCAGUGCAGACAGACUUUCACCCCAAGGCCUGUUCUGAACAAAAACACCAUACUGACUGAAGUGGUGGAGAAACUGAAGAAGACAGGACUCCAAGCUGCUCCUCUUGCUCACUGUUACGCUGGACCUGGAGACGUGGUGUGUGAUGUCUGCACUGGGAGAAAGCACAAAGCCAUCAAGUCCUGUCUGGUGUGUCUGGCCUCUUACUGUGAAACUCACCUCCAGCCUCACUAUGAAUCUCCUGCCUUUAAGAAGCACAAACUGGUGAAAGCCACUGGAAACCUGCAGGAGAAUAUCUGCUCUCAUCAUGACAAAGUUCUGGAGAUUUACUGUCGUACUGAUCAGCAGUGUAUCUGUUAUCUGUGUACAAUGGAUGAACACAGAGGCCAUGAUACAGUCUCAGCUGCAGCAGAAAGGACUGAGAAACAGAAGCAGCUGGGGGCGACACAGAGUAAAUUCCAGCAGAGAAUCCAGGAGAGAGAGAAGAAGCUGCAGGAUCUGAGGCAGGCUGUGCAGUCACUCAAGAGCUCUGCACAGGCAGCAGUGGAGGACAGUGAGAGGAUCUUUACUGAGAUGAUCCGCUCCAUUGAGAGAAGGUGGUCUGAGGUGAAAGAGCUGAUCAGAGAUCAGGAGAAGGCUGAAGUGAAUCGGGCUGAAGGACUCCUGGAGCGACUGGAGCAGGAGAUUGCUGAGCUGAGGAGGAGAGACGCUGAGCUGGAGCAGCUUUCACACACAGAGGAUCACAUCCAUUUCCUCCAGAGCUGUCAGUCUCUCUGUGCCCCUCCUGGACCUGGAGACUUACCCAGCAUCACUGUCAGUCCACACAUCUCUUUUGAGGCUGUGAGGAAAUCUGUCUCUGAACUGAAAGAGCAACUGGAAGGCAUCUGCAAGGGGGAAUUAAGCAAAAUCUCUCAAACAGAGGAAGAGCCUCCAGAGCCCAGGACAAGAGAGGACUUCUUACAAUGUGAAUUCCUGUGGCUCACACUGGACCCCAACACAGCGUAUGAAUACCUCCGUCUGUCUGAGGGGAACAGAGAGGUGACCCGUGUGAGAGAGAUCCAGUCAUAUCCUGAUCAUCCAGAGAGAUUUGACUGCAGGUCCCAGGUGCUGUGCAGAGAGGGUCUGUCUGGACGCUGUUACUGGGAGGCUGAGUGGAGUGGAGAUGUGGUUCAUAUAGCAGUGACAGAUAAAGACAUCGGCAGGAAAGGGAAGGGUGAGGACACUGCUCUGGGACGUAAUGACAAGUCCUGGAGAUUGUACUGCUCUGCCUCCUAUUACUCAUUCAGGCACAAUAAUAAGGACACUGACAUCCCUGUUCCCUCCUCCUCCAGAAUAGGAGUGUACCUGGAUCACAGGGCAGGAACUCUGUCCUUCUACAGCGUCUCUGACACAAUGACCCUCCUGCACAGAGUCCAGACCACUUUCACUCAGCCCCUCUAUCCUGCGUUUAGGAUUUGGGGUUCUGGAUCUUCUGUAAAACUGUGUGAUCUAAUGUUGCCCCAUCUCCUGGAGUUCUGCUCUCCCUCCAGUUACUCUUUCUGGCACAAUAAUGUGAGCGUUGAAAUCCCUGUUCCCUCCUCCUCCAGAAUAGGAGUGUACCUGGAUCACAAGGCAGGAACUCUGUCCUUCUACAGCGUCUCUGACACAAUGACCCUCCUGCACAGAGUCCAGACCACGUUCACUCAGCCCCUCCAUCCUGCGUUUGGGCUCUAUUGUUACGGGUCUGCUGUAAAACUGUGUGAUCUGGAAUCAGGUGGAGCGUGAAGGGAAGAUCUAACCAUCUGAGACCACCCGGGUCAUUGGCAGGCAGUAAAGCACUCCUAAUCAAACGUUAAUAAUUAUGAUUUUUUUAAAUGUCAUGCUUUUAAAGGCUAAUAUUCUCACGGAGCUGAUGGUCACACUAUCGCAUAAUAAAACAAGCCAGUCCUUUAUGCGUGUAAAUGGGGGGUGGGGUUUACCGUGCAAAGCAAAGCUGUUUUGCUCUAUAACUUUGACCGACAACAUUGGAGAGCAAAUCGGAGACUUCCAUUGAAAAAUGAAUCUAAACCAACCAGAGGUGGAGAUACCCUGCGAAGAACGUGGGCAGUGCAGCUGCAAAAAGUCGCCCACUUUGCUUCUGUCAAGAAAGGGGUUUGAGGAGCGUAACUGACGGUCGAACUCUCCUGCUCAUAGGCUUUUAUUUUAAUUAUUAUUAUUAAUCUUACUAUUACUAUUAUACAUAUUACACUCACGUAGUGAUUGCGUGGCUGUCUACGGAUUGGGGUUUGAGUGUGUGUCGACCCGUGUGGAUGACGUCGCGGAAGUGAAGGUAGAUCUCGCACUUCUCAAACCCUUCUCAGUAUGAUAGCCACGUCGCUAAUGCUAAUUUUACUGGUAGUAGGUUUCUUUUCCGCUUCGCAGCCACUGGAUAGCAGGCAGCCACGUCGCUAAUGCUAAUUUUACUGGUAGUAGGUUUCUUUUCCUCUUCGCAGCCACUGUGGGAAGGAUAGCAGGCAGCCACGUCGCUAACGCUAAUGCUAACAGCGCGGUUCCUCUAGACGUAACAAGCUGAGUUCCUCCAUUAAAGUUCCAUGGCUGCUCCGCUCGCAGUGGGCUUGUGCCAAAGGAACGUUAUUGGAGUAACUAUAUAGUGUACAUAGCAUUAUUGCGCAUGCAAUCGUACAGUUAAGCUGGUUGUAUUUGGUUUGUAUUUUAGAUCUAUGUAGUUCAACACUUGGCACAGUUUUGUUUUCUUAGUAAUUUGUACUUAGAAUUACAUACAUAUUGUAUGCUUUCUGUGAUGUGUGAUAUUGGUUUUGGUUGUUUUGUCACGCCAAGACCAUGGAGUGUCAGAAAUAUGAAUAAAAAAACCUUGGAACACA